CACUGAGCUACAUAUUAUAUAGAUUUUCAACACAUACCUAUCUAUAUUUAUAAAAUAUUAGACGUAGACAACAACAAACAAUCAUUUUCAAUGGUCCAACUUUUCCAACUAGAUUCUAUUACUAUUCCAUCAUCAUGAUCCAACGUUGAAUUCUGGCUUUCUGGAGACAAUCUCAGACAUACAGAGUGUCCAGAGAAUGUAAUUACAAUUCCUCUUAUUAGCUUGCAAACUCUUCAUGGGUUCAAAUAGAUCUGUGAAUAUGUAUGGGAAUAAUGUGUGAGCCUCAUAUGAUGACUCAUAUUGACAUUGUCAUAAAAUUUGGUGGCAGUGCUGUAACAGAUAAAGGUUGCUUUGAAACAUAUCGACCUGAUGUCACAUCCAAGCUUGCUCAACAUGUAAAGGACUGUCAUGAGGCUGGUAUGUCCUGCAUCAUAGUACAUGGAGCUGGGUCGUUUGGGCAUCACCAAGCCAAGGAGUAUGCAAUCAAUGAGGGUUUGCGUGGUGCUACCAAAGAGGAUCAUAAACAUAAGAUAUGGGGUUACUGUUUGGUCAGACAAUCAGUAUUAAAGCUAAAUAAUGCAGUUGUCAAUAGCUUGAUUGAUGUUGGUGUACCAGCCAUUUCCAUUUCUCCUGGCACCUCAUGGAAAGUAAAAGACAGACAGCCACUUCAUUGGCCACACGAAGUUCUAGAACAAUACUUACUAAGUGGACUAGUGCCUGUAUUUCAUGGGGACUGCUGCAUGGACACAGACUUAACUUGCAGUAUUCUAAGUGGUGAUACUGUCAUUAAGGCCAUAUGCUCAAAUUUCAAUGUUAAAAAAGUUGUUUUUGUCACAGAUGUAGCUGGUAUUUACGACAGACCUCCUAAUUUUCAAGAUGCCAAGUUGUUGAAAACACUCAAAGUAGAUGAACGAGGUGAUCUCACAGAGUCUAUACAACUGUCAAGCUCUGCCAAUGAUGUGACUGGAGGAAUGAAGCUCAAAUUAAAGUCUGCUAUAGAUAUAGUUGUGCAGACAAAUGGACAGUGUCCUGUGUACAUCACUGGCUACAGCUCACCCAAUUUAUCAGAUGUAUUAUUAUGCAAAGGUCAUUCUGAGGAUUGGAAUGUCACUAGGAUUGUAAAAAAUGAUGUUUCCAGCUAGUAAUGAUUGUGGUAGAUUCAUUUACAUUGAAGUAUAACCUUUACUAUAGACCAUAAGGUCUGGAAAGGAAAUUUACUUCAUUUUUUUAUAAUCAUCGUACAUAAAAUGUUUCAAAGUCUUAACUUAAACAUCUGUUGUUGUUUUUUUAAUUCUGGUCUAAAGAUUGUAAAUUUAUUGAUUUAAUUGCCUAAUUUCUGAGUCUGAUUGAGUAUUUUUAGCUUUAUUAAUAAAUGUUCACUCUUAUAACUUAUACACAUUAAGUGUUUAAAGUGUUAAAUUUGUUUUGUAAGACAGUUGUAGGGAAAUAAAUGUAUUCAAAGAAAAUUACAUUUUAACUUAAUGAUUUCAUUUAAAUACUUUGGAAAAAAGUUUUAUUUGUGAUGUGGUUUAUAUGAACUAAUAAUUAAACGUGUUUAUAUGAAAACUCUAUAAAAAUAUUGUCUAUGAAGUGUUUUAUACAAACUCAUAAUUUAUAAGGUUUAUAUGAAGCAAUAAGGAAAUAUAAAGACAAAGUUACUUUUAAUAAUUAUUAUUGUAAAUAUCUUAUCAACAAAUGUCUGUUAACAAAUUUAGAGCAACAUUUGCAUGCAAAGUAUGUGAGGAAAUAAAUCAUGUAAACAAAUUCUAAAAAAAACUAUUUACACAACAGAUAAAAGAUGCCCUAGACCAAUGUUCAAGUUUUUCGUUUCCUGUCAACACAAUUAAAUAUUUUGUUCAUGUAUGCAUCCUGCUGCUUUUCCACUUCUGAGUCUCUGACUUUCUUUUCAAACUGUAGCUGUGUUUGGCUGUUCUUUCUCUCUAAUUCAAGACACUGAUUUUCUUUUUGCUGUAUAAAAGUUCUUUGCCUUUCACAUAAAGUUGUCAUUUCUUAACAAGAAAAAAAAAUUAUUACACAUGAUGGUAAAAUAAUUGUAUUAUUGACCUUACUAGUACCUUACUAGUAAUAAUAAAUAAAGAAUAUUGUAUUUUCUUUUGCUACUGAGACAAGUCUAUACAUCCUUUAAGUACAUUUUUUGCAUAAGAAAUGUAUUUUAACAAUUACAAAAUACAAAUUAUUUAUAAUGAAUGACAAACCUUGAACAAGUUGUUCAUAAUUAUUAAUUUUAGCUUGAGCCUCUGACAGCUCCAUCUCUAACUUUCCAUAUCUAAGAAGAUAAUAUUAAAACAAGAGUGAUAUCAUAGCAGAAGUAUAAUGGAAUGCUGAACAGAACAAGCACUUUUGUUCACUUUUAAAAAAUAUUAUCAAAUUAUUAACUACAUACUAGAUCUAUUACUCAGCUAUUUAUUUCACAACUAAAACAAAAAUGAUGUUGCAUCAUAUCAUUAAAUUUUAAUAAAAUAAUAGAAUGAGAUUGAUUAUCAAACUUAGUAGCUGUAGUUUUUCUUGUGUGUCAGCAAAAAGUAUUAAAUCCAAUUUUCUAUUCCAUUAAAAAAAAACAGGAAAUAUUGAUUUAUAUAAAAGACAUACUCACGCCUGAGUAAAUGUCAUAUUUUUUUCUGCCAACUCAAAUUCCAAUUUUUCAAUAUCCAAUAGACAACCAUUGAAUUUUUCAAGAACUUCUUGUAACUUGGCUUGAGUCUCACCAUGCUUGUUUUGUUCAGUCUAGUUUUAAUGUGGAAAAAUAAAAUUCUUUAAACAUGUCAGUUUUUAUUUUUUAAAAAAUAAAAUAAAAUACACAAUCAUUUUCCUUGAAAUACUCCAAUUCAUUUGUUUUCAUAAUGCAUGUCAAGACCUUAACUUUGGAGAAUAGCAUUGUUUUCCCUGAACUAUAUGAUGUAUGUGAGUUUCUAAGUGCCUCAAUGCCUCUACUUAAACAAACUAAAGAAACACUGUGUAGAAUAUAUUUUUCCGAGUUUAAUGCUUUCAGUUCAAUAAAACAAGUCAUCCAGCAAUGAACAAACAUAAAUCACUUGUAUUAUUAAAAUAACUUGACUGAUAUAUAGUAUUAUUAAAUAAAUAAAGCACAGUGAAGAUACUGACAAUUAAUAAAUAUUCAUCAAAGAAUAUAGAACACUGAGCAAUCUUGGAACAAUGGCCCUGAUAGCUAGCUCUACAUUCCUUAUAUAGUUCCACAUAAGGACUUUUUACGAAUUGCUAAUGUUAUUGUUAGUUCUUUCUUUAAGUUUCUUAAACUUCUACCUUGACCUAUCUAGUUAUAAAUAUUCCUAAAUUACAUUAGUUAUGUCAAUAAGGUUUUCUAGAUUAUUAAGUUAGGCAUAUAAACAUGUUUUUUUUUUUUACAUACAUGCCUCCAAAGAGAUCUGAGUUUGAGAUCUUUUAGGCAGCCAAGAAAUUUAACACUGUAAAUCUAAUGUUUGAUGAAUAAUUAUUUAAUUUUUUUUUAAAUUUGGAUUACAGUAAGUAAUGAACCAAUAUAGUUAUAGAAAAAAAAAAUUGUGUACGCUAUAUUGUCAUAGACUUUAAUUAUUUUAUUAAUUAAGCAUUCUAAAGAGCCUUAUAAUAGUAAACUGUUAUGAAAUUCUUUUUAAAAAUAAAAUAAAAUGACAAAACUCUU